AUGGAAGGUGGUGGGCCUCCCCGGCGGUGUUCAAAGAUAGAGUGGCUGGAUGAAGGACUUUGUGCCUCAGGGAGCCCCAGUCUGAGGGGAGACACAGNAGAUGAGAAGAUCUGUGGCUACACCCAGGACCUGACAGACAAUUUUGACUGGACCCGGCAGAAUGCCCUCACCCAGAACCCCAAGCGCUCCCCCAACACUGGUCCCCCCACUGACAUAAGUGGCACCCCUGAGGGCUACUACAUGUUCAUUGAGACAUCAAGGCCCCGGGAGCUGGGGGACCGUGCGAGGUUGGUGAGUCCCCUGUACAACGCCAGCGCCAAGUUCUACUGCGUCUCCUUCUUCUAUCACAUGUACGGAAAGCACAUCGGCUCCCUCAACCUCCUGGUGCGGUCCCGGAACAAAGGGGCCCUGGACACGCACGCUUGGUCCCUCAGUGGCAAUAAGGGCAACGUGUGGCAGCAGGCGCAUGUGCCCAUCAACCCGAGCGGGCCCUUCCAGAUUAUUUUUGAGGGUGUCCGAGGCUCGGGCUACCUGGGGGAUAUCGCCAUAGAUGACGUCACCCUGAAGAAGGGGGAGUGUCCCAGGAAGCAGAUGGAUCCCAAUAAAGUGGUGGUGAUGCCGGGCAGUGCAGCCCCCCGCCAGCCCCUCCCGCAGCUCUGGGGGCCUGUGGCCGCCUUCCUCCUGGUGUUGCAGAGAUGAUGAGAGCUGCGUG